AUGUCCUUCUACCCCCCCGGCUGGACCUAUGACCGCCUCCUCAACGCCAGCGGUGACGAGCUCCAAGCACUCUCUGACUCCCAACGCACCACUCUCUUUGACGGUCUUAAAGCCACCUAUGGCGAAGACGGCUUCCGCGCAAUCUUGCAGGAAAUGAGCCGCCGCUACCAUGCCCGCGUUGAAGCCGCCAAAUCAGAGGAGACAAAACAACAAGAGCAUGAACUCAUUGCGCCCUUUUGUAAGACCCUGAGCUCAGUCUACCGAAACCCAGCGCCUGAGGACUGGGGGAAAUGGGGGUUCGUGGUGUUUCGCACAACGCCAUACGGAGGUGAGCAUGAGUCGCGCUGGGCAGAAUUUCGAGAGCGGUGGGAUGCUAUUUUUGAGGAGCAAGUCGCUCCGCAUCGGGGGUUGAUAGCCAAGGUAGAUCGGGCGAUUGAUUUGCUUGAGUUUCGUUGGGUGGAGGACCCCAAGUUUGAAGGCGUCGAUGCGGCCGAGGUCGCUAGACGCUUUGGUGAAAUGGCUGCUACCCUACCACAAGGACUUGCCACGUCGGCUUGUCUCAUGGUGACGCCUGCUUCCCUAGAAUCAGUUCUGGCCUCACCACUUCCUUCCUCUGCGCCGCGCAUUGGACGCCAGAAGAUUCCUUUUGUUGUUGCCGUGGCCCGGGUAGAGAGUACCCCGUGUCUUCCACCUAUGCCGGGUGCAGAUGAUGCGGAUGUGGCUGGGACCGGUUUCAAUGGGUAUCUCAAUGUAGCCUUGGAGACAAUGCUAGAAGAAUUCUAUCCAAUUGUUGCUUUGCAGAUGAUGGAUCUCCAUUCGCUGGUGGCGAAGUUCCGUCACGAGAAUGAUAUCUGGUGUUCGACCGGUCUUCGGGGUGUGCAUCAAAACGCGGAUGAGACAUCUGGCACGGCACCCACAGAGAAUGCUAGCCUGUAG